GUAAAAAGAACAUACUCUCAUGGUACGUAUAGAGCUGGCCCAAUGAGACAGAUCAGCCUGGUUGGAGCAGUUGAUGAGGAAGUGGGGGAUUACUUCCCUGAAUUCCUUGAUAUGUUGGAAGAAUCACCCUUCUUAAAAUGUACACUGCCAUGGGGAACACUUUCUAGUUUAAAAUUAGAGAGUCGUAAAGACAGUGAUGAUGGUCCCAUUAUGUGGGUACGUCCAGGAGAACAGAUGAUCCCUGUGGCUGACAUGCCAAAGUCACCUUUCAAAAGGAAGAGAACUACCAAUGAAAUAAAAAACUUGCAGUACCUACCUCGAACCAGUGAACCCCGUGAAAUGCUGUUUGAAGACCGGACACGAGCCCAUGCAGAUCACAUAGGACAGGGUUUUGAACGCCAGACUACAGCUGCUGUGGGAGUAUUGAAGGCUGUGCGCUGUGGAGAGUGGUCUGAACAGCCUCGUAUAACCAAAGAUGUAAUUUGUUUUCAUGCUGAAGACUUCUUAGAGGUAGUUCAGCGAAUGCAAUUAGAUUUGCAUGAGCCUCCACUCUCACAGUGUGUCCAGUGGGUUGAUGAUGCAAAACUUAAUCAACUGCGAAGGGAAGGAAUUCGAUAUGCCAGAAUUCAGUUAUUCGAUAAUGACAUUUAUUUCAUCCCGAGGAAUGUUGUGCACCAGUUUAAAACAGUUUCAGCUGUGUGCAGUUUGGCUUGGCACAUCCGGCUCAAGCUAUAUCAUUCAGAGGAAGACCUUUCUCAAAACACAAGUACUGUUGAAGCAGGGACCUCUGCAGACCCCAAGUCUUCGGUUAUUGGACUUCAGACUGACAGCAGGAUUUGUACGAUAAUGCUGGUAAAACAUGAACCUAUUGCAUCUCACCGAUUGAAAGAAGAACCCAUGAAUGUUGAUCUUGCUGAAAAGACAGUGGCACCGAAUGACGUCGGGGGCCAGAAUGUUCAGACUAGAUCGGAUCACGUUGAAAUGACGGCGUUUAAGUUGGAAAUGGAUUCUAAAUAUGAACCUGGCAACAAGGACUUACAAGGCAAGUUAUGCCCUGGAGGUCACGUACAUCCAGAUGAUACAAGACAGCAUAGUUCACCAUAUCCAAAACUGCAUGGACAAAGAGAGGAUGAUUUUUUGUGCUAGAUUUGUAUAUAUGGUUUUAAAUUCCUUUUUAAACUUAAUGAUAUAAUAAUGUAAAGAUUCACAAAUUCUGUGAGGCAAGUUUGUGACUUGCCUUCGCACCUGUUACAGAAGAUAGUUAUGUAGCUUUGUAACAUUCCUCAGUGCCUGUCCAUAACUGUGAAGUAUCAAAGCACUUAGGGCCAGAUGCACUGUAAACACUGCAGGUUUAACAUAAAGAAGUCUUUAAAUAAUUUUGAGUUGUAGGUUUUAGAGUAGAGCUGACAUUUAACAUAUAUAUUUUUUGUAAGAUGAGCCAGAAUUCUUUUUGACAAUUCCAGGCUUUUCCAUAGAGCUUAUUUAUACCAAUUUUUUCAUUUUAAAUGUGUCAGCACUGUAGUGUAAAUAUCUUUUUUAAAAAUCUUUUUAGUGUGAUUUAUACUGAAAUGUGAGCCACUUAAUAAAGGUUCAUAAUAACAGAUUGGUUUUAUUUUUGGGUCUGCAAAAAAUAAUUCAGUGAAACUGCCUCUCUAAAUGGUUAUGUUUCUACCUGCACUAAUGCAUAGGAUGCCCU